CAAUAUAACGAUCUACGGGUCAUAAAAAUAAAAGUAUAACGAAGAAACUUUUCUAACGAAUUUAAAACGCAAUUUUCGUUUAAAUUUAAAUUAUGAAUGUCAGACGAUGCGUGAACAACGGAUCCAAAGAAUUUCACAUUAUUAAAUUUGCCAGGCACGUGUUCUAUGACAUUUACAUAGUUCAGAAGUUUCGCUUUGAAAUAGGAAUUCAAAGGUGCAUUCCGAAUUCAAUGCCACUUUUAGAGUGUUAUAGCAGCGCUAUCGAGUAUCUGCAUACUUUGGCAAAAUAAUUUACUUCCCAGCGCGCGCGCGCGCGCGCGUUUAAGCGGAUGGCAUAACAAGAGGAAUUUCAAACUAAUCAAGGGCCGUUCAACACGCCGUGAAUAUAGCAACGGCCUGCAUCAACGCUUCGAACGGAAAAAGUUAUCAUUGUUUACAAAAUUCCAACGUGUAAACACAUUUUCUCUUCUGCUCUCAAAGAUCCAUCGCGCAAUCUCCCCCUCCAGCCCCUCAUCAGUUAUCCCCCCCCCCCUCUCCCUCUGUUGAUAAUUCCCAUCAUAAACACAUUCCACCUGGCACCAGAUCCAUCAUCAUCCCGGGGACCAUUUCACGCAGCAGCAGCAGCCACCGACCGACUGACUCACCGAGCGAUUAACCAUGAGGGAGGAGAACGGCCCCGAAAGAAUGCGAAAAUAACGCCGGCCGGCGGAGGCGGCUGCGACGGCGCCUGGCUUUUCCGCUGCUAACCCCGUGCGCGCGCACUGGGAGCCAAAGCGCCGCCGACGUCUGGCUCUAGCGCCAGUAUCGCGUCCGACCUCGUCGCGCCCGCACUCCGAAGUGCGACUCUAUUACGCGCGUAUUUACACUCGCGAGCUACAUUGGUUCGCGCGGGACGAGUGUCUUGUGCGCAGCACGUGGCGCUCUACAGCUCUCUCUCUCUCUCUCUAUCUCUCUCUGGUGCACCAAUGCAUUUUCCUUUUUGUACGCAGUGAUUUUUACAUAAUAAAAAUAUUAUACAUAGUAAAUUUCUACUUACAUAGUGCAGCUCCGACCUACCAACACAGCUGCGCGCGGCAUCGUCGACAAAAGUGCCUAUACAUAUAUCAACCGACUGUUGACAACAGAACACAGCUAUAUAGGAUGAAGCAACGACGAAGGCGACAGUCUUAAGAUCCCGUCUCCGGUUUCUCAGCUCGCGGACAGAGAUCCCUCUUGUCGUCGUCGAAGGGGGGAAAAGAAGGGGUCAGUGUGCCGCGCGUUCUACUUCUUCAGUGUGCAGUGCAAAGCGGCGUCAAAGAGCUGUAAGGAGUAUACAGUUGAGAGGCGGCAUGACGCCGUUCUCACAUCAACAAGCUGCAACGGGCUCCAAGCAAGCCCUGCCGUCCCCGUCGUUUUCUUUGAGGCGAGCCGAGCCGACGCCGCGGCGAUGACCGAGUCUCCGGCGAGCUGGCAGUGCUGCUUCUAGGAGCAUGUCGACAAGCUGAAGGUGAAGCGCCCCAGGCUGCGAGGAGAGGAGGAUAGUGCGAGAUGCAGAGGAGGCUGCUUUUCUUCUGCUGUUGGCUGCUGUUUCUCGAUCUUUGCCGCACAGUUAAUCCAGGUUGCUCCUGCGUCGUCUACAGCAGUCGGUACAACCCCCAGGGUGGCACUUUCACGUCGCCCGACUAUCCGAAGCGUUACCCCGCGAACAUCGACUGCCUGCUCUACACCUUUCACGCCCGCCAGGGCGAGAUCGUCGAGCUGACGUUUCAUCAUUUCCAAACGCGAGGCUCCAACGCUGCCACCGACUGCGCCGGGGGCGACUUCCUCAAGGUUUUUCUGCAUCUGGAGGCCGGCGUGCGGGGUGUGUCCGAGUACACGCCCUGGUCGCGUCUGCUCUGCGGCGGCCUCCAAGACAUACCCCGGCAGCUCUACAGCUCGGGCCCGACCCUCGUGCUCGAGCUUCACAGCCAGCCUGCCACCAGAGCCUCAAAUGCCAGCGACACUGCCCCCGGAUUUUCCGGAACUUUUCGCUUCGUCGACAGCCGCAUCUUCGAGACGGACGGCCAGCUCAUGCCUAACAAGAUGUGCGACUACCAGUUCGUCAGCUCGCAAUUCACGCUGCAGCACGGGCGCUUCUACUCGCCCCGGUAUCCGUCCUCCUACCCGGAGAACAUCCGCUGCUCCUAUCAAUUUCGCGCGAGGUCGAAGGAGCGGAUACGCCUGGUGUUCGAGGAGUUGGCACUGGAGAAGGGUGACAUUAGUUGCCUGAAUAGAGCUGAUUUAAUCAAGGUGCACGACGGCAACGAUCCGAGCCAGCCGACAAUAGCGGUGCUCUGCAACGAAGACUCCGAGGUGGAGGUGCUCAGCACCGGGCCGGAUCUCUACGUCGACUUCGUCGCCAAUUCAAAGUGGCCCGGCAAGGGCUUCAAGGCGACCUUCCAAUUCCAGCCGAUCGACGAUAACCUCGCAGAGCCGGACAAGGUCGUCCCCGGGGCCGUUACCGGCACCUCCAAGCACUCGCUCAUCGGGCCGGCAGUCAGCGCUACCACGUCGUCGUGCAACAUGGUGUUCAGCAGCGAUACGACCAAGUCGGGCAUGUUCACCUCGCCGGGCUAUCCGAACUCCUACCCGCCGAGGACAAGGUGCAGCUACGACUUUCAGGGUCGAGGCAAGGAGCGGGUGCAGAUAAUCUUCCACGACUUCGACGUCUAUCGAUCGCCCAGCGGCACGAAAGAGUGCGAGUCGACGGACGCGCUCGUGGUCUACGUGUACAUAAACGGACAGAGGGAGAAGACCGAGGCCAUCUGCAGAGAAUCGCCGCUGAGGCCGCUCAUGAGUAACGGGCCCCGGAUGCUGCUCGAGUUCGAGGGCCUCACCUCGUCGAGACACUCGCGCGGAUUCAAGGCGACCUACUCCUUCACAGAAAAUUUCGGCAUAACAACCGGGAGACAGGAGCCGAGCUUAUACCCGUGCGCCUUCGUCUUCAACAGCAACGAGACGAUGAACGGUACUUUCACAUCGCCCAAUUACCCGGGCUUCUAUCCCCGAGAUAUCGAGUGCCAUUAUUUCUUCAACGGACAACCCAAGGAGCGCGUUCAUCUCCAUUUUCACUACUUCGACGUCGAGGGCGUUCUUCCUUGCGACGCGGUGUCGGCCAGUGACUUCGUCGAGUUCUCGAACUACAUGACAAGGGAUCGCAAGUACUCGAGACACUGCGGCCAGCUGACGGAAUUCGACGUGGAUUCCGAUCGGUCUUUCUUCAGGGUGACGUUUAAGAGUAACGACCGCCUCGAUGCCACAGGGUUUAACGCCAGCUACGUAUUCGUCAGCGAGGAGGAUAACUACACGGUCAAAACGCCGCUCAGCGCUGCGACCCAGUCUCGAGACACCUCGCUGCUGCUCCUGGCUACGCUGCUGGUACUGCUGCUGCUACCACCACGGCUGAUCGGCAACGCAACGGCCUAAAAAGCUCGGACAUCGCUGCAGGAAGAGGAGAGGAGCCCCGACUAUACCGUCUCUGCGGCUGCGCUCACGUUACGCGACUCCGCAACGACUUCCACGACUCGAGGCGCGCCGCAAAAAACACCGCUACACGCGCGCGCCAGAAGUCAUUUGAACUUCCACCCUCUGCUGGACUGUUGCAGCGCAUCGCGGGUAUAUACAUAUAUACAUACAUAUAUAAAUAAAUAGGCUAUCGGAGAGCUGAUGGAGUAUGGGAGGGGUGAUGAUGGGCUCGAUGCGAGACGCGCGCGUCUUACGGCUUGUUUCGCGCGCGAAGAAGUUGCGAGGGAGAGAGUGGUUGUUGUUGUUCUUUUGGAUUUUUUUUUUUUUUUUUUUUUGUUUUAAGACCCAUGAGUACCUUUUUCCGAGCCUUUGCCGCGAGCGGAAUUCAAUAUUUUUUCAAACUUUGUUUGAAGAAUCUUCUCUUCGUAUAUCACGUUCAGCAGUAUAUAUACAAAAAAAAUAUCGAUGGUAAUAAAGUGUCUAUGAGAAUGUUACGAUGUUUGCCGGAUGUAGUUAGCAAAAGUAUGAAGAGUCACCGUUUACGUAGAUGUGAGCGACUUGGAAGCGAAUGAGAAACACGAGCGUAGUUAGGCAAUACUUAUUUUUCUUAAUAAAAGAGUGUUUUAUGCCAUUCACCACUAGUCGAAUUCCUCCCACGCGUAAUCAUUUUAGUGAAUAAGUUUCGCAAUAAAAGACCAUUCCAAAGAGGUAUACUUAAAUACACGAUGAUAUAGCGAACUUGUAUAUGAUUUACACAAACAAUAUUGAAUUCGUCAAUCACUAGACACGUAAGCAAUUGAUUUCGUACGAGUAAGUCUCACUUUUUGAUAAACUACAAAUUUUUAACGAGCUAUAGCUAUUGUAUCACUAUUUUAUCCAAUCUUCAAACGUAAACUUUUAACGCAUCAGACUUGACUAUUGAUUUUUUCCAAUGAAAACCAAUUUGUAAUAUAGUCAGUCACUUCAUAACUGAAACGUUUGAUAUAAAAAUCUAUACUUAGGUAUGUGUAAAAACAUUGUAAAACUCGAAGCGCCCGCAUCAUUUUGCCUGCAAUAGACUCUUAUACGUUUUAUAUCUAUACUGUUUCUUUCGUGAAUUAUAGUCAAGCUCCAAGAAUAACAUCUCGAGUAUAUAGCUAAAUGGAUCUUCCAAUGCUAUAGACCAACCGAAAGGAUCUACACAAUUUUAGUGGUGGUAGAAUAUAUUUAUAUUUUUCAUAGACCAAUGGUUGAUUUGACAAUUAUCCUGUUACCGAUUCUAUCGACAUCGUUAGAUAUCUCGUUUAUUCAAUGCUUAUCGACUACAACUCGAUAGCAUUACUCUUUCACCGAGAAAGUCCCACAAAUAAAAAUCGACGUGAACUGUCAAUAUGCAGAGACUCCACGCGACGUUUCGGUCGGAUACUCACACCACCACUCAAUAAAAUAUCACUUAUCAAUUAAAAAAUCCAUCCAACAGAAGCAAUCUUUCGAACAUUUUCCUCGACCCCCAUUCAUCAGAAUACGGCAAACAUACGUAUACACUAUGUACUUCCACAUUGCACGAACAGUCUUGUGAAAAGCUAAUAAGACGAAUCUCGGCCGAAAGGAGAAGCAAUCAAUCUUUGCCGCCAGCGAACGCUGCGCCGUCGGGACAGUGAGAGAUUCGCACUACAUUUACUAUAUCUCACAUCGCCUACUCUUCUUUAUCCCUACUGGGAUCUUUUAUUGAUUGUUGGUAUUAUUGUUGCUGUUAUUAAGUUUCAGAGUAUAUUAGAUGGCCUACGUUUUUCUUAGGGUUGCUCUAUAUUUUCACGUCAGCUUAUUCGCAACAUGAUGCAUCUAUGUACGAAAUAAAUUUUACAUUUAUGUGAGUAAAUUUUCAUGCAGACGUUGUCGAGUUCGUAACUUUUGUUACUCACAUGUCAGGCAUUUUAAUACUGAAAGUAAAAUGUGACACGUUUGGAUGCACACGGAAUUUUUGUAUACUGAAUGAAUUCCUUUUUUACCUAUAAUACUUUUCAUGAUCCAUUUGGCAUAGGAAUUGGCCAAAGGACUUUUUACAAUAGAAUAGGUAAGAAACUAGUUUUUAACUUUAGAGUGAGCCUUUACCCCUACUGUCCAAAAGUGGUGAGAUCUGAUCAUCGCAGAUUGUUUUUUUCUUCAAAUCAUCCAACUGAUUUCCUACUUUUUAAAGAAAAUUAAACAUUCAAUAUAUUACAAGUAAUAUAUCUAAAACCAAAAUCGUUAACUCCAAGAUUUAGAAGUUUCGUGACUAUUUAUAUUACCAAACCAAAAAAAAUGAUAUUUUCGAUGACUGUAUACUCGACAUUUAUAAACCUUACACACUUUUCUUUAAAUGAUGUUUAUCGAUAUUAUGAAAAAUCAUCACGUAUAUUACAUUAUACAGUAGUUUUUAAAAGCCUAGAACUGUCAUUCACUCUUUUUACACAUAUUUUGAUCGUCAGAGGCAGCACUUUAACGUGAAUAAUCAUACACAAAAUAAAUUGUAAAGAACUGCACACCAGACUUGCACUUCUGUAUUGCUCGACAUUCUUUUAAUUCUGAAACUAACGACUGCGCGCCCUUCGUUCCUAUUAUAUAAUAUGUGUGUAUACUCCUGGUGAUGAUGAUGAUGAUGAUGAAAGUGAAGAAAAGUAAGAAAACAUGGUUAUGCAAGUGCAAUUUUGAAUUUUUUUUCAAAAAGCGUAUAAUGAAUUUUGAUUUAUCAUAUAGUUUAUAACAAAUUUCAUAUUAAGUUAUAUGGUUCAUUUGACGACCCAAAGUGAAGGAACUAUCAUAUAUAGUUUAAAAUGAAAUACACACACACACACAUGAAAUCGCUGUAUCAAAUGGUAUGUGUAAACGUGUACUUAGAUAUAAAAAAGCAGUUUAAGCCGAGAGUAAAGGGAGAAUGUAUAUGUUAGAUUGUUGUGAAUAUUGUUUAAUAUAGGUUUUAUAAAAUGUUGAAAGUUUUUUAAGUUUCACCGUUGAUUUAUAAUCGAUGCGCAAUUGUGAAAAUAAUAAACGAAGCAAAACAAAAAGGAAUGCAUCAGACAAUUAUAUGUAUGUCAUAAGUAUAAAUAUGUACCAUACUUGACUAUACGUAGCUGUAAUAAACCGGAGGCCGAAAGUUGAUAUGAAUGCGCGCGCGCGGUUUGUCGAACGUAUACAUAUAAAUAUAAUACACAAAAUAAUAUCUCUUCGCCCGAAGCGGAAGGCGAAAAAUGAAGGAAACAGAGCUUUUUCCUCUCUCCACUCGGCAGAGAGUGAAAAUAAAAAAAUAAAAAACACCACCGAUGGCGAAUGGAAAAAAAUUGUACUGUAUGAUUGUUAAAAAUGUAAAUAAUCGAAAUAAAGGAAGCGGAUGCUUCGAUCAUCUGUCACUAUCACAUUACACGAACGAUUGCCAUAAACUCUCAUCAUGUAUCGAUUACGUGCACUAUUAAACGAUAAAAAAAUCACAA